UUUAUUUGCUAGAACCUGUGCGCAACGCACCUCUCGCUGCGAGUCUCACAGUCUUUAAUUUGCAGCUCGACUUGGGAUACCCUCAAAACAAAAAACAAAAACACACACACAAAAUAAAUAAUGAAGAGUUUUCUGGUUUUGUGCUUUGUGGCGUUGGCCGUAGCCGACGUGAAGCACCUGACAGAUCGCAAUCUGGAUCUGUUCAAGUAUAAUCCGGGCGAUAUCUACACCCUGCCCGAGGACAUCGAUGACGAUAAGCCCGCCGUACACUUCAUCGGCGACGUGAUGAAGGCCAAAACCGAGAAGCUGCAGAACUUCAAUGCGGGCAAAAAAUUCAAACUCGAACUGAAGACCCAGAACGGCAUUGAGGUCAGCAGCGUGGGCAAACUGAAGGACGACAAGACCUUCGUGGUAAGCGGCUCGUAUUCGUUCACCGGUGCCGACGGCAAGCGCUACAAGACCCGUUAUACGGCCGAUGAGUUCGGCUACCACCCAAUCACCGAGCUGGAUCUGGACAUUCCCGAUCCACAGCCCUUGGCUCCAGCUGCCCCGAAGCCAGGAUCCGACCUGAACAGCAACAAGAUUCGCUUCCAGUUCCUGCAACAGAAUCUGAACAACGAGCAGGGACCCCUGCGCGGCAGCGGCCAGAGCGGCGACGACUACAGCUACAGGGCACCCGGCAACCGCAACGACAAUGUCUACGGCAACUCACCUGACUACGGCAACCUCGGCAAUCCCUUCGGCCCCGCCAAUGGCAUUGGCUACGAGUACCUGCCGCCCGCAGAGCCGUCGCGUCUCUACCUGCCCACGGCAUAAGCAGGAGGCUGAUCCCAGUCAGGAACGGAAGU